AUGGUGACCACGAUUGACCACCUCGCCUUCCCUCACAUCAUCGACAGCAUCUGGAGCUACAUGACCCCGCCUAGCGCGGCAGCGGCUCGCGGGACCUCGUCCGAAUGGAGGCGCAAGGCGGACAAGAUCCUCCAGCGACACAUGGUGCUAGACAAUCCCGAUGGGAAGGAGGAACUUCGAGUGAAGGGUUUCGAAGACACCUCCUGCAAGUAUCCCAGAUACCAAGAUCCAUCACAACGUAUUCCGAACCGUUUUCGACCCCUGUAUCCAUGGCCGCGCGGCCUGCUCGACCUUAGCCAGAACAUCCAGAUUCUCGACAUUCCCCGGCCAUGGGGGGUCGACAACGUGUCCAAGCGCCAGCUCAUGGAGUUUCUUGUCCGCAGCGGGGCUCACCCGAGCAUCGGCCAACUCAUCCUCGACGAGCCGUAUUACACUGACAUGUACCUCAGGCUCCCCCUGUUUGACCUUCAUCCGCCCGUCUUCUUCGUUACAUUCGGGGUGAGUUAUCCACUUUUGGACGAACUCGAACUCAACGGCGUGCCUCGGCAGAUCGUCAUCAACAUCGACUGUCCCACUCUUGAUAUGUCGCCCUUCACUGGCACUUACCGAGGGCUCACGCUCCGGUUUGUGCUGCAUCUCGAGCCACCAAGCACUCCCAACGAGAGCUUGGUACCAGAGCUCAUCGUCAUCUUUCGCCGCGGAGAGCGCAUUCAGGCACCAAUCGAUCUCCCCCCCGACUUUGCUGCAGCCCGGCUCGCCAGAUACCUCAACCACAUCUGGAAGUUUAGCCCCGUCACCGUCGUGGGCAUUGACGACUUCUUCCCCGACCAGGCGAAGUACGACGAGGUCAAGACCGAUCUGAUGCAGCGCACUGCGUUAACCGAGGACUUCCCGUUCAAGUUUGAGCUGCUGUCCAGCGCCGAGUACAAACAGCGCGUGGACGAGGAGCUAUUCAUCAUGCAGACCGUCAUGUAG